GUGUGCGCGCGACGGGCCCCGUCGUCCGCCUGCAGCUCGCGAGACGAGAAGCUCGACGCGCGUCGGCCGUGUGGAGGAGCGCGCGCGCGCGCGCGCGCGACCGGACGGCCUGUUCGCGAGCGGUCAUGUGUGGAUCACGCAGGAGGAGCGCGGAGUUUGCGAAGUGUCCCGUGGAGGCGUCUCCGUGCAUCUCCUGAGGUCCGCGGCCGCUGUUUUCCAGGACUUUAAGGAAAUUUCCAAAUUCUGUGUGACGGCGCCAGUCAGCACACUAUACCUGGACAGCUCAUGGAUCGCGUUCACCCUGAAGACCUUUAGGAGCCGCAGAGUGACGAGUGAUGUCUCCCCCAAGAUCACGUCACCGUUCACAGUCUCAGAAACAUGGACUGUUUCUCCAGGCUUUGUUUUCCGUCGAGACACCAUGAAUGCUGGUAAACAAGUGCUGAUGGUCCUGCUACUGUGCGAAGUCCUGCUGGGAGAGGGCGACCGCGCUAGCCUGAUACCGGAGGAGGGGAAGCGCUGGGUGGCGGGCCAGCAGGGUCACCGCACGGACCAGGACCAUGCAGCGCUGUUGGAUUUUGAGGCAACACUGCUCCAGAUGUUUGGCUUGCAGAGGCGGCCACGGCCCACUCGCGCAGCAGUGGUGCCCCAGUACCUACUAGACCUCUACCACAUGCAGUCAGGGGAGGAGGACCAACCUGGGCCUUCCACCGCCAAUUUCGAAUACCCCGAAAAAUCUGCCAGCCGUGCCAACACUGUGAGGGCCUUCCACCACCUGGAGCACCUGGAGCAGGUUGUAGCAGAGGACCGCGUGGAUGGGAAUACUCCGUUCCUCUUCCUCUUCAACCUGACCAGCAUCCCGUCGGAGGAGCUGCUGUCUUCAGCAGAAUUGCGGCUGUAUCGCCACCGCAUCCCAGGGGCCGAGCAGCACACCGAGGAUCAGCAGCGCCACCGCAUCAAUGUGUAUGAGGUGAUGAAGCCACCGCACACAAGCCAGCUUAUUACACGCCUCCUGGACACGCGGCUUGUCUGCCACAACACUUCAGGGUGGGAGAGCUUUGAUGUAAGUCCUGCUGUGCUCCGCUGGACCCAUGAACGGCUGUCUAACCUGGGCCUGGUUGUGGAAGUGCAGCAUUUGAGCCUCCCAACUGCCCAUCAUAACCGCCAUGUACGCCUUUCCCGGUCGCUUCACGCGGAGCCCGGAGAGGACUGGGACGAGACGCGGCCCCUGCUAGUUACCUUUGGGCAUGAUGGCCGGGGCCAAUCUCUGGCUCGGCGGAGCAGACGGAGCCCCAAGCCGCGAGGCCGCAAGCGGGGCCGCCACUGCCGUCGCCACGCGCUUUACGUGGACUUCAGCGAUGUGGGCUGGAAUGACUGGAUUGUGGCGCCCCCUGGCUACCACGCCUUCUACUGCCAGGGGGAGUGUCCAUUUCCGCUGGCGGACCACCUGAACUCCACUAACCACGCCAUAGUACAGACUCUGGUCAAUUCGGUGAACUCCAGUGUACCCAGAGCUUGCUGCGUGCCCACUGAGCUGAGUGCCAUCUCUAUGCUAUACCUGGACGAGCACGACAAGGUGGUCCUCAAAAACUAUCAGGAGAUGGUGGUUGAAGGCUGUGGAUGCCGAUGACCGCCAAAGACUUACU